AUUGUAACAAAUAUUUAUAAGAUUACAUGUUGUUACACUUCAGAAAUGUAGCUAUUUCCUAAAGCCAAAUUCUCAAUAAAAUAUUGUUCAAAAUUGUGGGCCUACGCCGGCCUUUAAAUGGGAAAGUCGCUGGAUGUGGUGGUCUUUGGGUCGGCAAACAUCGAAUACAUAACAUAUGUCGCGGAAUUGCCGAAACCCGGAGAGCUGGUCGCCGGAACCUAUAUGGAGACCUGUUUCGGCGGCAAGGGGGCCAAUCAGUGUGUGGCGGCUGCCAAACUGGGCGGCUCCACCGCCCUGGUGGCCAAACUGGGCAAGGACGAGUCCGGCGACGACUACCUGAGCCACUUGCAGCAGCACGAGGUGGAUGUGCAGCACGUCGAGCAGGUGAAGAACAAUACCACGGGCAUGAGCGAGAUCGCGGUGUCCGACGAGGGGGAGCAGUACAAGAUCAACGUGGCGGGGGCCAAUGCCCUUCUCACCGGGAAGGAUGUGAACCGCGCCAAGAAGACCUUCCAGGCGGCCAAGGUGCUCCUCUGCCAACUGGAAGCGGACAUGAAUGCCACCAUGUGCGCGCUACGGCAGUUCAAGGGGGUUUCCAUACUGCACAUGUCGCCCAUGAAAAAGGACAUUCCCGGCGCCAUGAUCGUUUUGCCCAGUAUUUUAGUGGUCAACCAGGAGGCGGCAGCUCGUCUAACCGAGGUGGAGGAGGUCAAAACUCUCGAACAGGCCCGAGAAGCAGCCGACAAUCUCAUAGAGCAGGGAGCCAAGAACGUGAUCAUCACCAUGGGCGACCAGGGAGCGGUCUUCAUGUCCAGGAAGAACAGGGAUACGUGCACUCAUGUGCCCGCCUCCGAUGUGCCACACCUGGCCGAUUCCUCGGGGGCGGGAGAUGCCUUUCUGGGCAGCUUGGCCUAUCACAUUGCUCGGUUUCCCAAGCUGACCACAGAGCAUCACAUCAGUGCGGCCAACUCCUGCGCCGCUUAUUCCUUGGGUCGCCGAGGCACCCAGCCCAGUUUUCCGGGCAGGGAAAGCGCCAAAAAUGAUCUGUGCUAUAUGACGCCCACUUUCAAUGUCAUCCCUCCUCCCAAUCCGGAAACUGAUAAAGAACCAGAGGAAGAUGCCACUGCCGCAGCUCCAGUACCUCCGGUACCUCCACCUGAAGAGGCCCCGGAACCCGUGGCUGAAGAAGCACCACCACCACCACCUCCUCCGCCACCCGAGGAACCCGUCGCAGAAGCAGCCCCACCACCACCACCUCCUCCACCUCCCGAGGAACCUGUUGCAGAAGCAGCACCACCACCUCCUCCACCUGAAGAACCUCCAAAAGCUGUGGAGACCGCCGAAGAGCCUUCAAAAGCAGAGGAGACUUCUAAGGAACCCGCCAAGCCCGUGGAGACAGCUAAUGAGCCACCUGCGAAUAAAACAUGAACAAUAUUUCUAAUCUCAAGAAAUGU